CAAUACGCGUGUUGCUCAAAAUUUGGUUCCAUUUCUUUGUAUCGUCGGUGGACAGAAUUAUAUUCCCCCAAGUCUCAAGAACAACGCUCAAAGGCCGAGAAGCUAUUAGACAAUGCUUUUCCAACCUUCUCCGAGACUUUAUCUCCACGUACCAACGGGUCAAAUGGUUUACCAAACAACCCUUUGGGUAUAAAAAUACAAUCGCCGACUGAAUCUUCCAUGUAUUGUAAAUGGCUUUUGGAGAAUUCAACCUCGCCUUAUGCUCAAUUGUUUGCAUCGGCAAGGUUAAAAAGUCUGGUCUUGGAUCAUUAUUCUAUGUUCACAGCGAAACAUAAAUUAGAACUGAGUAUGGGAAGUUUUUUAUUCAAUUAUUUGGCUUUACAUCCUGAUUAUCAGCCAUUUGUCUUGUCUUCGCUUGCACAACUGUUUGCAACUAUAACAAAAGUUGGAUGGUUUGAAGACGAUGAAUUCAAAAAUAUAACAAAUGACGUAUCUAAUUUCAUACAGUCUACUGUGGACCAUAGAAUUGUAGCUAUUGGAUUUAGAGAUUCUGAAUUACUAGACAUUUUCCGGCUGGGUUUUGUUGUUCUACGUCAAAUUUUGAAUGGAGAAAUGGUUUACACAUCUGAACGUAAAUUGAAAGAAUAUUGUUUGACUUUACUUCGCAACUGUUUCGCAUUUGAUUUCAUUGGCACAACUCCGGACGAGUCUGGUGAAGAUGUUGGAAGUAUCCAAGUUACAUCAUCUUGGCGUUCAACAAUCGAAGAUCCGACUUUCCUCCAAACAUUUUUCGAGGCUUAUAAAAGGUUUCAACCGCCACAUUCAAGUCAAGUUAUGGAAGUGCUCGUUCAAAUUUCUUCAAUUCGUCGUUCUCUUUUUAAUGAAGAAGAGCGUUCCAAAUUUCUUCAUGCAUUGAUGCAAGGAAUUAGCGAGAUAAUAAUAGGUUCAAUAGGAUUAUCUGAUUUAAACAACUAUCACGAGUUUUGUCGUCUUCUUUCAAGAUUUAGAUCUACGUAUCAAUGGAACGAGAUCACUGAGAAAUCCGGAUUUAGCGAUUGGAUUGAUUUUGUUGCCGACUUUACUAUUAAAGGAUUUAAUAGUUGGCAGUUUGUGCCAAAUAGCAUACAAUAUUUACUUGCAUUUUGGUCCAAAAUGUAUUCAUAUGCUGGGAAUGCUCGUCCAGGUUCUACAAAUAAAUUAGAUAUAAUUUCAAGCAAACUAACUGCAGCAUACAUAAGUUCUAAAAUUCAAUCAGUGGAACAAAUAUUAGAUGGUUCUAUUGAUGAUCCUUUAGAGAAUGAAGAUGCUCUUGUGGAUGAUCUCGAGAUGUUUUCAAAUAUUGCUCGGUACAAAUAUGAUGAAUCUCAGACAAGUAUUGAUAAUAUAUUCCAACCAAUCUUUAAUCAAUAUAAAGAAUUAUAUACACAAGUGAACGCUGGAAUUGUUAAUAGUUCCUAUACUCAAUUUUUCGAUACAAUUGAAACAAAAUUUGCUUGGCUUAUGUAUAUGAUUGGAGGAAUGAUCGGAGGUCGACAGACUUAUAUUAGUUCUGAAGAACAAGAUUUGAUUGAUGGUGAACUUACAUGCCAAAUUCUCCAACUAAUGAAUAUGAAUGAGCAAUGGAAUGCACCGCGUACCAGUGGUAGCGGUUAUGAAAAAUUUGAAUUGGCUUUAGUUUAUUUUUUCCAACAGUUUCGCAAGAGUUACAUCGGUGAAAGUGCACAAAGGGUUUCAAAAGUUUAUAGUAAAUUAUCUGAUAUAGGAUAUAAUGAUCAAUCUAUGCUAUUGAAUGCUAUUAUUCAAAGAAUAGCAAAGAAUCUUGAAGGAUGGGGCCAUAGUUCAAAAAUAAUUCAACGCAGUGUUUCUUUGUUUAAUGACUUAGCCGGAGGAAUUUUAUUUGCAGAAGAUAAUGUUGAGAGGGAUUUUGAGGAUUUUGUUAAACCUUGGGAUAUCACAUUGACCGAACUCGGAACCUUUAACUCAUUAAACGUUUUUAGACAGCCUGCUGUUAAAGCAACUAUCUCUGGUAUCUUUCGUGAUUUGAGAGGAUUUCUUUCCGCAAUUCAAAGCAAAAAGAAUUUUUUGGUGUUUUUUGAAUGGUUCUACCCACAUUAUGUACCAAUCCUUUACCACUCAUUGGAAGCUUGGGAUAAUGAUCCAUUAGCAAUUACAAUUUUAAAAUUUUUCUUAGAAUUUGUAAGUAAUAGAUCACAAAGAUUGAACUUUGAUAUUUCCUCACCAAAUGGUAUUCUGUUAUUCCGAGAAACCAGUAAAGUAAUUUCAACAUACGGUCGGCAAAUUAUCGGACGUCCUUUCAACAGUCAAGAUAAAUAUGCUGAAAAAUAUAAAGGAAUAUCAAUCUGUUUUAAUAUAUUGACGAAAUCUUUUGCAGGAAGAUACGUCAAUUUUGGAGUUUUUGAACUUUAUGGAGAUAAGGCUCUCGAAAUAGUUCUUAAUACUUCGUUUGAAAUGAUGCUUUGUGUUCCAUUUGAUGAUAUCCUCAUGUACCCAAAACUUUCUAAAACGUUCUAUGAGUGGUUAGAUACGUUUACUAAUGGACAUAUGAUGGCAUUGCAUAAUAUGGAUUCAAAUGCAUUUCUUUACAUUAUGCGUGCUCUUGCAGAGGGAAUUCAACAUUUUCCACAUGGUUCACAAUGUGCUGCUGCUUGUAGUGCGAUUGACCAUAUUUGUACUUUUGUUAUUCAGCAAUCUGCUAAACAAAAGCCAAAACGACAUUGGCUCCUCUCUUAUUUAACCCAAUAUCCAAAUAUAUUACCAUAUUUAUUUACAGCUAACUUUAGUGCGGUACUGUUCGAAGAAAGUCAAAAUCAAUGGUCACUUUCACGUCCAUUACUUUGUUUAAUAUUAUUGAACCCGGACUACUGGGAACAGUAUACUCGUAAUCUUGUGUUAUACCAAUUGCUUGAAAGAAGAGAUGUCCUCGCUAAGGCAUUAACAUCGCUAAUGCAAGAUGUUGAAUUCAACCUGAUAUCCAAAAACCGAGAUCGAUUUACUCAAAAUCUUAGUACAUUUAAAAGAGAGUUGACUAAUGAUAAUGUUAUAUUAGUAGCACCACCUAUGGAUAUGAAGAUGACUAUGUGA